CAAAAAAAUACAGGUGGGUGAGGAAGGAAAUAGUGUCCGCGUGUGUGAGUGUGUAACGACUUCCGUCAUGUAAUGAAUGGAUCGGAAGUUGUCAGGUGGAGGGGCUUGAAAAUAAUUACAGGUACUCGCACGGCAAUCCACGAUUGAUUUGUUUACUUAGUUUUUGAACAGUUUUCGGUACGAACGCUCCGUUUUUUUUUUGUAUUAUAUAUUUCAAUUUCUUGUGCUUCUUACAUUCACAUACAAUUUCCGCACGUUGCUUCGUUCAAUUGCACAAAGGCCAAGGAAAUUCGUAAUUAAACAUUCAAAGAAUCAAAGAAGCGAAUUCGAUUGAUUUAUAUAUAGACAAAAACAAGCCAAUAACGUAUCGAUUAGACUGAUAAAAAAUUCAUCUCAAUUCGCCGACACUAAGUGGGCACAGAAUCUGGAAAAGUAGACUGUUCAUCAUUCAGUUUUCGGACGUCCAACCAUGCGUUGAUGAUGUUGAAGUCGAAUAGCAAGCGGAAAUCCGGAAGGAAGUUGGAGGAAUUGCUGCUUCCAGGUAGCAGAUUGAAGUUCAGCUCGCAGCAAUUGCAAAACUUGAAUUUGGUUUUCGAGAAGCGUUUGUUGGAGCCUUUGUGCACAAAAGAAAUUGAAAGUAAUAUAAUUUUGGCUAGGAGCGUAACUGAGAGGCUUAUACAAAGAUUGGUGUGCGGAGCCGGUACGAUCGAUGAGAAAUUCUCUUCGAAAUAUCUGAUUCAUUUACAUUCGAGCGAUGAGAGAACCACCAAUUUGCGUUAUUUGGUGCGAUUGGAUAAAUUGAGUCGACCGUCCUUGUACAAAGAUGAUUCUCUCCCGAAGUAUUCCAUUAUCGAGGACGAUCCUGAUUUUCCUAAGGGAUACGCAAGGAUCAGGAUGUUCUCGUCGCUUUACAAACUCUGGGGAGAUUACGCUAACGCCAACGGCUACUUGCGACGCGAUAAAAUACAGAGUAGAUAUGUCUCACUUUUGGCACGAGCCGCCUCUUCGGAUCUACCGAAUUCUCCGGCGUACCUUGAUGAGGCCAUCCUCUGCGCUUCUCCCGGUAAAGUCGUCGAUCCGUCCACGCUUCAAAGGAUCCUGAAAAUCCCUACGGAGAGGCACGUCUAUUACGGGUCGAAUGGAAAUGCGCCUCGAUUUCCGGAUCCGCGCGAUUUCCGGCUCGCAAUUGUCGACGAGCCGACCGGCAUCCGGAUCAGGAUCGAAUUCCUCUCCCCCGCCCUUUCAUCCCUCGCCAUGGAUGUAACUAUCUUAAUCGGAAUCGAAGCGGAUUCCUGGCCCGUUUCCAGCGAUUUCCCCACUAGAAUCUCGUUAGGCCAUUCGGAUUCAUUACUCUACCAAUUAACCGCACAAACGGGACUUUAUUUGGUUGGUUUUGGAGUGCAAUCAUCGGCGUGGCAAAUGCGAGUUCCAGCAGCUGAAGAAACGAUUCUGAAGAACUACAGUCCCAACAGCACAAUUCACAGUAUACUGAAACUUCUGAAAAUCACUCUCGAUGAAAUCUACGAAGAAAGUUCCAGGCAUCAAAAAUAUCAAUUAGCGUACAAAAUAUUAAACGGUUAUAUCUUGAAGACGGCCCUCUUCUACGAGCUGGAAAAAGAUCUUGAUGGUCCAACAGUCACUUUACUAAAUUGGUCACCAAAAUCGUUAUCCACUCACGUCCUUAAGAUUUUCGAUAACAUCAUUUCAUCGUUGAGGAAUCAAAAACUUUCCAACUACUUCUUCCCCGCCACCAAUCUGAUAGGAAACCCCGGUCAUUUGUGCGAAGACGAUUACAUUUACGAAUCCAAAAGGAUUUUGAUACAUUUAGUUAAACUGCAAGAUAUGAGUUUAACGCAUAUUGCUGAGAGAAGUAUAAGCUUAGCGCAGGAGUUGGAAUCUUCGUUGUUGCAUAAAUGGAAGGAGCUUAUUGAUGGUUUACUACCACCAGCUUCGACGCGAGGAAGAAGGUUUUGUCUUAUAGGGAAGACCAAACGUGUAGCUUAUACUCAAUACACUGGGAGGCAGUUGGAGUAUAUAGCUUUGAUCCUUAAAAAUGCUUUAAUUGCUAAGAAAAGUAUUCUAAAACCUUUGGAUGAGACUUGGGAAGGCUAUCCUCCGGAUACCAAAAAGGAUGAUUUGAACACUACAGAAGAUUUAGUAUACAUAAUACUAAUAAUAAUAGAGCAAGCGAAGGAUCAUUUCCUGAAAGUCAAUACAAACGAAAAGUUUAAAUUGAAACUAAAACUACAUUUUGAUUCGACUAUAAUGAAAUUAGUGGAUCUGAUCAGACGUAGCGAUGAAACUAUUUUGGACGAUUUAGAUUUCGUUAAGGUUACGUUGAAAUGGCUUUACCGAGUUUUGGAUCAAAACAAGAGACUUCUAUCACCAAUCCUGAGGCCGUAUCUCAAUACUCUUUUUAUUUCAUCACAUGGAAACUCUUGGUUUCUGGAGAGUUUUAAAGAGAGAACGCGAGGAGAUGAAAUUGUAUCCCUUGGGAUAUUUUCCGAGUUGGUUAAUAAAGAGAAGAUUACACCAGCUGAAGGAUUGAUAGAGUCUAUUAACAAGAGAUGGUCGUGGGCUAAAGACAUGUUGACUUUGGUGGAAAGGCAGAGAUUGAGGGUUGUUUUUGUUGAAGGUAGAGGAAAGAUUGGAAGGCAUUUGAUGUCGGUUCCGAACGAUUUCAAAGCUAAAGCCAUUGCUGAAGAUGAAAGCUACAAUUUGAAUACGUUACCUAAAAAAAGCUAUUUUUGCACUCUACUAAAAAAUGAUUUGGAAAGCUCUCAAAUGCGAAUCCCUUGGCAUUGCAUUUUAAGAGAUAACAGUCCUUUGACUAAGAUGUUCAACAAGCAGCAUAGAUUUGGGGAUCAUAGAUGUGGAGGAGAUAUAGUGGAAACUCUGAUGUCGAUGCAGAAAUUGAAUUUGUUGCAGGACGUUUCUUCGAUUCUUCCUCAGGAAGAUCGUUUGCAGCUUCUGGAGGUUGUGCAAAAACUGUCGAGGAAGAACGGCAAUCCAAGGAGGAGGGCUCAGACUUUGCCUAAUUAUAGCAAACAGGACAAUAAUCAGAAAUACACUAGGAAAGAGGAGAGCGCAGGGAUCAGAACGAGCAAAGAAGGAUUCGUUUUGAAAACUUUACAAUUAGAUCCGAGCAGUCUGAUUCAAAGCUGCAGAGAUGUCAGGAUGAAAGAUGACGGAUCUUACGAUAGGAAAGUGAGGAUAGUGCAUAGACAAUCCUUUAAAUAUUAGUAAUUACUUUACAUGUUUAUAUUUAAACUGUGUGAUAAGAUUUUAAUAUGCAAAUAAUGAUUGUGUGACGUAACCAAAGCAUGAUAAUCUUAACUAAAUAAAGAUAACAAGAUAAUUAACUUGUCUUUUUAUACUUUAAUAAUUAUUAGAAUUUAUAAGUGCAUAAGUAACAA